AUGAGCUGGGCGUUCCUGACCAAGUUGCUGGAGGCUGUGACCCAGCACUCCACCCUGGUGGGGAAGCUCUGGCUGUCCGUGCUGGUCGUUUUCAGGCUAGUGCUCCUGGCUGUGGGUGGGGAGGCCAUUUAUCGGGACGAACUGAGUGGCUUCUCCUGCAACACAGCACAACCUGGCUGCCUAAACGUUUGCUACGAUGCCUUCGCGCCUCUCUCCCACGUGCGCUUUUGGGUAUUCCAGAUCAUCCUGGUCACUGCGCCCACAGUGUUUUAUCUGGGCUAUGCCGUGCACCAUCUGUCCCGGCGCCAGAUGACCCAGAAGCAAGAGGAGGAGGAGUCUAUGAUCCCGGAGAAGAUGUCCUGUAGGGAUGGGGCCCAUGAUGGUCGCAGGAGGAUCCGCAGGGACGGGCUCCUAGGGGCCUAUGUUGGGCAGUUGCUGGUGCGGACUGUCUUAGAGGUGGCCUUCCUAGCGGGCCAGUAUCUGCUCUUUGGCUUGAAAGUGCCUUUCAACUAUGACUGCAUGCAGAAUCCUUGCCCUUAUGUUGUACAGUGCUUUGUAUCUCGUCCCACGGAGAAGACCAUCUUCCUGCUGAUCAUGUAUGCAGUCAGUGGCCUCUGCCUCCUGCUCAAUCUGAUCGAGUUGCUGCAUCUGGGCCUGGGGAGCAUGAAAAAUGGUAGAAGCCAGAAAAAUGGGGGCCGCCGCCCUGCCCCAUCUCCUCAUUCUAAGGCUGGCAAGCUAGAACAAAUUCAGAAACAGUUGCAUCUGGUCCAGGAGCAAAUGGGCAUAGCAUUCAAUCAGGGCACUCUUUUGGCUACUGAACCUAUCUGUACAGGGCAGUCUCCAGACUACAGCAUAUUUGCUCAGCAAAACUGGCAUAACCAAGCCCAGAAAAAGGAUGUGCUCUCCAACACAGGUAUGUUAAGGGUCAGUUGA